CUAUAGGUGUAUAUAGAGGUAGUCCAUCGUGUCUGACUACCUUUUCUGGUUCUCUCUCCUCCAUUUUUCUCUCUCAACAAUGGCUCAUCUGUUCAGAGACCUGUCACUGGGCCAUUCCAAGAGAGAAAGUGCAUCCUCAAUGUCGUUCAGUAAGCCCACCAUUACCGUCACCAAGACUUUGGCGGCCGCCGAUCUCCCGUCACCGCUCGGCGACCUCUCGGAUUCGGCUCAGCUCACCGAUUCUGACCUUCGACUCACCGCUUACGAGAUCUUUGUCGCCGCUUGCCGUACUUCCUCCGGUAAACCCCUCACUUUCGUUCCUUCGUCGUCGCUCAAUCACUCUAAUUCCGAUUCGCCGAGUCAACACAGCAACUCGCCCAACUCUCCCGCUCUUCAGCGCUCUCUCACCUCUGCUGCUGCUAGCAAGGUCAAGAAGGCGUUUGGGCUUAAAUCACCUGGCUCGGGCUCUAAGAAGAGCCCCGGCGGCUCUGGUUCGAGCCCUGGUUCGGGUCAGGGGAAGUCGAAGAAGGCAUUGACUGUUGGUGAGCUGAUGAGGAUCCAAAUGAAGGUUUCUGAGGCCAUGGAUUCUAGAGUGAGGAGAGCUCUGUUGAGGAUUGCGGCUGGCCAGUGUAUCCAACAGGUUGGAAGGAGAAUUGAAUCAGUAGUAGUCCCACUAGAGCUUUUACAGCAGCUCAAGCUGGUGGAUUUUACUGAUUCACAAGAAUAUGAUGCCUGGCAAAAAAGAACCCUGAAAAUUCUUGAGGCUGGCCUCCUUUUGCAUCCUCGCUUGCCACUAGACAGGGUACAGAGUGCUGCGCAGAGACUACGCCAAAUUAUUCAUGGGGCAUUGGAUAGACCCUUUGAAACUGGGAGGAAUAAUGAAUCUUUGCAAGUUCUUCGAAGUGCUGUCAUGACUCUUGCUUCAAGAUCAAUUGAUGGUUCUCUUACCGAGUCAUGUCACUGGGCAGAUGGGUUUCCACUGAAUCUCCGGCUGUAUGAAAUGCUUCUAAAUGCCUGCUUUGACGUUAAUGAUGAAACAUCCAUACUUGAGGAAGUGGAUGAACUAAUGGAACAUAUAAAAAAGACCUGGGGAAUCCUUGGAAUUAACCAGGUUCUCCAUAAUGUUUGCUUCACUUGGGUUUUAUUUCACCGAUAUGUUGCAACUGGCCAAGUUGAAAUGGACCUCAUAUAUGCAGCGGAUAGUCAGCUAGAAGAGGUUGCUAAAGAUGCAAAGACAACAAAGGAUUCAGAGUAUUCCAAGGUUUUGAGUUCUACAUUGACUUCAAUAAUGGGUUGGGCUGAGAAGAGGCUUCUUGCGUAUCAUGAGACUUUUGAUAGUGGCAAUAUUGAAACCAUGCAAGGGAUUGUUUCUUUGGGGGUUGCAGCAGCUAAGAUUAUAGUUGAAGACAUAUCUAAUGAGUACCGAAGGAGGAGGAAGAGUGAAGUUAACGUGGCUCGAGACAGGAUCGACACUUACAUCAGAUCAUCUUUACGAACUGCUUUUGCUCAGAGAAUGGAGAUGGCAGAUUCAAGCAGGAGAGCAUCCAAAAAUCAGCCAAAUCCUCUUCCAGUCCUUGCCAUUCUUGCUAAGGAUGUUGGUGAGCUGGCACUGAAGGAGAAGCGAAUGUUUAGUCCAAUUCUGAAGAGAUGGCAUCCUUUUGCAGCAGGCGUGGCUGUUGCCACCCUUCAUGUUUGUUACGCAAAUGAGAUAAAACAAUUCAUAUCAGGUAUAGCAGAAUUGACACCAGAUGCUGUUCAAGUAUUGAGAGCUGCGGAUAAGCUGGAGAAAGAUCUUGUACAGAUAGCAGUUGAAGAUUCAGUAGACAGUGAUGAUGGUGGGAAGGCAAUAAUUCGUGAGAUGCCUCCUUUUGAGGCUGAGGCUGCAAUUGCCAAUUUGGUGAAAGCAUGGAUCAAGACCAGAGUGGACAGACUAAAAGAAUGGGUUGAUAGAAAUCUACAGCAAGAGGUGUGGAGUCCACAAGAAAAUGAAGGAUAUGCUCCCUCAGCUGUGGAAGUUUUGCGAAUCUUUGAUGAAACUUUGGAAGCAUAUUUUCGGCUUCCAAUACCUAUGCAUCCUGCAUUGCUUCCCGACUUGAUGGCAGGCCUUGACAGAUGUCUUCAAUAUUACAUAACGAAGGCAAAAUCUGGCUGUGGAUCACGAAGUUCAUAUGUUCCCACUAUGCCAGCAUUGACCAGAUGUACUAUAGGAUCAAAGUUCCAAGGCUUUGGCAAGAAGAAAGAAAAGUCACCAAACCCUCCAAAGAGAAACUCUCAGGUUGCUACAUUGAAUGGAGAUCACUCAUAUGGAAUUCAACAGCUCUGUGUUCGUAUAAACACUUUACAACGAAUCAGGAGUGAGUUAGAAGUUUUGGAGAAAAGGGUAAUCACCCAUUUGAGGAACUCUGAGUCUGCUAAAGUAGAAGAUUUUUCUAAUGGUUUGGAAAAACAAUUCGAACUCUCGCCAGCAGCUUGUGUGGAGGGAAUCCAGCAGCUUUGUGAGUCAGUGGCAUACAAGAUUGUUUUCUAUGAUCUCAGUCAUGUUCUGUGGGAUGGUUUAUAUGUUGGGGAAGCAUCUUCCUCCAGGAUUGAACCGUUCCUUCGGGAGCUGGAAAGACAUUUGUUAAUUAUUUCGGACGCUGUACAUGAGAGAGUUCGUACAAGAAUUAUUACUGACAUAAUGAGAGCUUCCUUUGACGGUUUUUUGUUAGUUUUACUUGCUGGCGGUCCCUCUCGUGCAUUCUCCAAGCAGGACUCUCAGAUAAUAGAAGAUGAUUACAAAUCUCUUAAAGAUCUAUUCUGGGCCAAUGGAGAUGGUUUACCUUCUGAGUUAAUCGAUAAGUUUUCAACAACAGUGAGAGGGGUGCUUCCCCUUUUCAGAACUGACACAGAGGGCCUCAUUGAGAGGUUCCGACGUGGGACGCUAGAAACAUACGGCUCCUCCGCCAGGUCCAAAUUCCCACUGCCUCCUACUUCUGGGCAAUGGAACCCAACUGAGCCAAACACUCUCCUGCGAGUUCUAUGCUACCGAAACGACGAUGCAGCCUCCAAGUUUCUGAAGAAGACUUACAACUUGCCUAAGAAACUGUAACCAUUUCGAGGAAUGGCGUUCGACAAGCAACACAUGUUGUUCUUGCACAGUUUACUCGCUUUGACAUUCUUGCAUUUCUGCUUGUAUUUAGUGAAAAUUGAUUGCUCUUUGUGAUAUAUAGUUUGAUACAUUGGUGAGAGGAAGGAGGUGGUUGCCUUUGAAGGUAGCUCUGUUGAGCGAUGCGGCUGGGAGGUAUCUUGGUCUUGGUCUACUUGGAGGAGAGUCCAAAGAGAAUGACGGAGGUUUUUCUCUUGUGAACCAAAGAUAGGUGGCUAAAUAUUCUUUAUCAUUCGUUUUUUGUUAUUAUUAUUAUUAUUAUUAUAAUUUUUUUUUAAUUAUCACGAUAUCCUGCUUAAAUUAUUUUGUUUUUAAAAUUCCAUAGAAGGUUCUUUAUUGUUUUUAUUGUCCGUACACUCCCAGAGAUUAGGAUUUGAAUCUGAGUACUUGGUCUUCUUGUUAGGUAUAAGAAAGUACAGCAUAAUUAUGUUUAUUCUCCGAUGCUGUUUUUCUUUCUAUUGGCAUGUAAUAAAUAAUUAUACAAAUCAUCAAUAUUCGUACGGCAGUCUAUUUCUAUUUCUAUUUCA